AUGUUCGCACUCCGCCGUUCCGCCGCGUCAGCUGGCAAGACGAUAUGUCGUCGCGGAUACUCAACUGAGACGCCAUAUACCUCGACCUAUAGCAACUUGAAGAUCGGAAAGGAUACGAGGUUGAUAUACCAGGGGUUUACGGGAAAACAAGGAAGCUUCCAUGCACAACAAGCUAUUGAUUACGGCACCAAUGUCGUCGGCGGAAUUAACCCAAAGAAGGCUGGCCAGACACAUCUUGACCGACCGGUUUUCGGAAACGUUGCCGACGCGAUCAAGGAGGUUCAAGCUAAUGCUUCCGCUGUCUUUGUUCCACCACCUGUUGCGGCUAAGUCGAUCGAGGAGGCUAUUGAGGCGGAAUUACCGUUGGUUGUUUGCAUCACGGAGGGAAUUCCACAGCAUGAUAUGGUCCGCGUCGUCGACAUGCUAAAAACCCAGAACAAGACCCGACUGGUCGGACCAAACUGCCCGGGUAUCAUCAUGCCCCGCGAGAAGUGCAAGAUCGGUAUCAUGCCUGGCUUCAUCCACAGCGCCGGCCGCGUCGGUAUUGUUUCGAGAUCCGGUACCUUGACAUAUGAGGCUGUCAACCAGACUACCAAACACGGUCUCGGUCAGAGUCUCGUCGUUGGAAUUGGUGGUGAUCCAUUCUCUGGCACAAACUUCAUUGAUGCUCUGAAGGUAUUCCUUGAGGACGACGCUACUGAUGGUAUUAUUAUGAUCGGUGAAAUUGGUGGUUCUGCUGAGGAAGAUGCUGCCGAGUUCCUCAAGGCGCACAACGUGAAGAACAAGCCCACCGUUGCCUUCAUUGCUGGUAUUUCGGCGCCACCUGGCAGACGUAUGGGUCACGCUGGCGCUAUUGUCAGCGGAGGAAAGGGAGGUGCUGACUCCAAGAUUGCUGCUUUGAGCGCCGCUGGUGUCAUUGUCGAGAGGAGUCCGGCUUCCCUGGGCAAGGCUCUCCACGCAGAGUUCGUCAAGCGUGAUUUGAUAUAA